GCUGCAAAACGGACAACAACCUGCGGCAAUAUUAUCGUUGCAGCUGCUGCUGCCGCAGAUAAGAAAUAUUGCUCAACAAUACUUAGUAGCAGAAACUUGUAUGAAGUUACAGAGUUUGAAAUUGGCUAUAUACAACUCACCAAUGUGCUUGUCGCUGAUGGGACCUUACAGGAAUACCUUGCAAAUAUGUUGUCUAUUUUACAACCAGAUCAACUAACUACUGAAAUUUCUGCUGCUUCUAGUGCACCUCAACCUUCAGUCUCUUCCAACAAACCAUUGCCGAAGAAGCGUGGACGACCAUUGAAGACAAGGAAUGUGGAAAACAUUCCAAGAGGAGUUAGCACAUUUUAUAGUAAGGCCUUUGAAGUGUUUGGAGACAGAGUCUAUGAUAGGUCUAACAAUGACCUUCAACCUCCGCUAUCAGCCAGA